GUGAGCAAAACCAUGCCUGAACACGAGACGUUAACGUGUCACAAAGACACAUCUUCGACAUGAAUACGGACAUAAAGGUGUGUCCACCAUGUGGCCGUUGUGAAAGUGUGAUCCACAUGACGCCAGUUUCUGGCGGACGGUCACUUCUUGGCACCGCACCUGGGUCGGUGACCACGUGGCUCUCGUGCGCUCGGGGGCUCGGGGCGCAGUCGCAGCUUCUCCGUCGCCCGGUGCGAGAUCCACCGCCACUCUGCCGCGUCUGCGAUCUGCCAUUGUGCCGACGACGAGCGACUCAGCGAAACCACUUGCACUUCAACGCGGAUCCAGAUUGUUCUCCGGGCCCCUCCGUUGACCCCCUCUCACACUCAUCCCCAGCCCCCCUGUUCGGGCUUAACCGUCCCGCGGUUUGUAAAGGCGAUUGUUAGUGCGCAUCACCGCGGAGCCAAAGGGAGCUUUGCCACUGUUCCAUAGGAGACUGCGGGCUGCCGGAGAGUCAUGACAGCUGAGAAGAGUGGGCCGGUUGUAAACGGGAAACCAGAGGAUGGGAGAGACACGGAAGGGUCCAGCUCCAGCCUAGAACAUGGGCAGUAUAACGAAAGGGGCCAAUGGAACAACAAGAUCGAGUUCGUCCUGUCUGUGGCUGGAGAGAUCAUCGGCCUGGGCAACGUGUGGAGGUUUCCUUACCUCUGCUACAAGAAUGGAGGAGGUGCGUUCUUCGUUCCGUAUGUCAUCUUCUUUGUGUGCUGCGGUAUCCCCGUGUUCUUCCUGGAGACUGCCCUGGGUCAGUUCACUACUGAAGGAGGCAUCACCUGCUGGAGGAAAGUCUGCCCGCUGUUCGAGGGCAUCGGCUAUGCGACGCAGGUGAUUGAAGCUCAUCUAAACGUGUACUAUGUAGUGAUCCUAGCCUGGGCGAUCUUCUACCUCUUCAACUGCUUCACCACUGAGCUGCCUUGGGCUGCGUGUGGGCACUACUGGAACACAGAGAAUUGUGUUGACUUCUAUGGAGAAAAUGCCACCAACAUCACAAACCCCAAUGCAACUUCUCCAGUCAUUGAGUUCUGGGAACGCAGAGUGCUGAAGAUAUCAGAUGGUAUUGAGCACAUGGGGGGAAUGCGUUGGGAGCUGGCAAUGUGUCUGGCCUUGGCCUGGUUCAUCUGCUACUUCUGCAUCUGGAAGGGACCCAAGUCAACUGGCAAGGUCGUAUACGUGACAGCUACCUUCCCUUACGUCAUGCUGUUGGUCCUGCUAGUCAGAGGAGUAACGCUGCCAGGAGCAUAUGACGGUAUCAAGUUCUACCUCUACCCAGACAUUUCGCGUCUCUCGGACCCUCAGGUAUGGGUGGAUGCAGGAACCCAAAUCUUCUUCUCAUAUGCCAUUUGCUUGGGCUGUCUCACUGCUCUGGGAAGUUACAAUUCCUACAACAAUAACUGCUACAGGGACUGCUUAAUGCUGUGCUGUCUGAACAGCGGCACCAGCUUUGUCGCAGGUUUUGCCAUCUUCUCCGUCCUGGGCUUCAUGGCCUACGAACAAAAUGUCCCCAUCGAAGCUGUGGCAGAAUCUGGUCCUGGUCUUGCAUUUAUUGCAUACCCCAAGGCUGUUACGAUGAUGCCUCUGUCUCCUCUUUGGGCUUGUCUCUUCUUUAUGAUGCUCAUCUUCCUUGGCCUGGACAGUCAGUUUGUGUGUGUGGAGAGUUUAGUGACAGCUGUGGUGGACAUGUACCCAGAGACCUUCAGGAGAGGCUACCGCAGAGAGCUGCUGAUUCUCGGCAUGUCUAUAGUUUCCUUCUUCAUAGGUCUCAUCAUGUGUAUGGAGGGAGGGAUGUACGUCUUCCAGCUGUUUGACGCGUACGCUGCCAGCGGGAUGUGUUUGCUGUUUGUGGCCAUAUUUGAGUCCAUAUGUAUUGGCUGGGUGUACGGUAGUGACAGAUUCUACACGAAUAUUGAGGACAUGAUUGGCUACAAACCUGUCUUCUUCAUCAAAUGGUGUUGGAUGAUCUUGACCCCGGGCAUCUGCGCUGCAAUUUUCUUGUUCUUCCUGAUUAAAUACAAGCCCCUGAAGUACAACAAUGUGUACACCUACCCCGACUGGGGUUACGGUAUCGGCUGGUUCAUGGCCAUGUCCUCGAUGGUCUGCAUCCCUCUAGGGAUGAUCUGGAUGAUCUGGAAGACUCCUGGCACCUUCUCUGAGAGAAUAAAGAAAUUGACGACUCCCAGCCCAGAUCUGAAAAUGAGAGGGAAAGUCACCGGCCUCAGUCCUUAUGCUGCCAAUGACGCAAAACUUAAGGUUGAUGGUAAAAUAUCCACCAUCUCAGAGAAGGAGACGCAUUUCUAACCGACCGCCUGUCUCGCCGACCACGCUGCCUGCCGUCUUGACAAUAAAUCCGACAACUGAAAACUACAGCGAACACACAACAACAACAACAACAACAGUAUCCACAAAACAGGAAAUGAAACAAAUGCCUCGGAGUGAUAUUUUUGUUUUGUAAAAAAAAAAGAGAACAAGAAAAACAGAUAUCAUAUGAUUAUGUAGUCUGCUUCUGUUUUGCACAAACUUUGAAUAACACAUUGGUUGUUUUCAUUUAAUAUUGUGACUAUAGCAGGUGUUUCUUUUCUUCUCUAACAUUAAUAUUUUUGAAAUCUGUUUGAUGACAUACAGUAUGUGGUUGAAUCUUGUCCUGGUACCUUGUCAGUACUGGCCACACUACUGUUUGUGCCUUAGAACAAUACCAAUGUGUUGUGUUGUAAAAGGCUUACACUGUACGUUUAUUGGCAAAGUGCUGUGCUUCUCUAUUAGGUACUAGGUACCCAAAUGUGACUAUCUGAGAUGUAGCAUCUUGGGGACCAGUCUACAUAGUUUUGUGUUUUAGAGGAUACUACAGCAGGUUUUUGUACUGAGGCUGUAGGAGGGCACCAAAUUUCCCAGGAAGCAAAACUUUGAGUUGUGCAUAAAGGGCUGAAGCCAUUGAAAUCUUGGACGCUGUCAAACCCAGCUGUGGCUGUGAGGGCUGUGGAUCCUUUUUAAGGCCUUCAGUGAUUCUCGCUUACUUGAAUUCAGUGUUGUUGCUAAGCAACGCAUGCUUACUGGAUGUAAUUGAGUGAUAUUAAUAGGUUAUUGUUCCUCAAGUUAGGAUGUAUUGCGCCCUUCAUGGCUUUGCAGAUUUCCAUGGCACUGCUCUUUGUGAGCAGAUGUCUCUGCUCAGGAGAUUUACAGUAAUAUUAAAGGACAGAAAAAGGUUUAAGCGAUGUAAAAUAUAUCCCCUCGGUUUUUGAUUAAUUUUACAUCUGUUAAGUUUGAGCUGAAUAUUUGUACAUGGUUUCAAAUAGCAGUGAGUGACUCGCAGGCUGAGUCUAAAACACACCUCUCUCCUCCAGCUGCCCUCCUAUAAGUCAUGGAUAUCCAUCAUUUCACAGUAAUUAUGCUGAGUUUAACACAGGGUGACAGACAGACGUGCUUCCACCCCUACUUUAUUUUAUUUCCUGUGCCGCCUGUAGAGGAGAAGAUGGACGCCCAUCAGAUGAGCUUUUCAAAACCCAUCUGUCUUCUUAUCCCCCCUCUUUUUAUUCCUUCCCCUUGCCCCCUUCUCUCUUUUCUCCCUCUGAUCCUCAGCUUGUACACCUCCUCCAUCUUUUUCUUCUUCUAUAUUUGGCUUCUCUUUAUCACAUGGACAGCACAAGGCCUUAUAUUAAAACUGAAGCCACUGGGUGCUUUGUACUUCAUCCCACAACUCUACAUCAGCAAUACUCUUGCUACUGGUUAGUGUUUCUAUGACCUUUCCUCUGACAUUGUAAAACCUAACCCAAACCCACAGCUUUUAAUUUUUGCUGUCUUUGCAGGAGUGGAAGCCCACUCUGCCCCUGUCAUUCAUUUAAUUGUGGUAGAGACAAUGAGCUGGUCUCAUUGAUCAGAUCAAUCUCAGUCCAUUACAGACCCAUCAGAUCAGCACUGGAAUGACUCUUGAGCUGUCCCCUCUCCCUCCCUUGCUUUGUCCCGACUUUCUCGCUUCCCUUCCUUUCUUUCCUUUGUCCUUGUUUCCUGAUGAAAAUGCAAUCAGAGGAGAGCAUCUGAGGGGGUGAAACUUGAAAUGUAUCUCUUUACAGUUUUUCAGGAGGAGGCAAAGAAAGCAGGGGAAGUAAUAAGGAAUUGAUGAGCUGGGGAAGUGCGCGAUCGAGUAAGUAAUGAGGGAAAUAGAGGAAGUGUUCAGUGACUGAAGCCCCUCCUGUCUAAGCUGUGACAUCCUCUUAAACAUGUGAUUGGUCCCUCUGGUGUGGUUGCAUUGUGACAUUGUCACCUCCUCACUGAUGUUUGUGCAAGGUAAUAGUUGUAUGCCUUGGAAAUUAUAGCCUGCUGUUUAACACUGAUUAUGUCGAUGUAUAUUUUUACAUCUCUUUCUAGAAACCUGCGGUCUAUUUCUUGAGAUGAAACAUGUUUAAAAAGAACUGCUGUAAUAAAAAAAAGGAAUACAUCCCUUGUUUUGACUUUUGAUAUGCCGCUCAAAAGAUCUUGUUAUAGAAAUAUAAUGAAAGGUGUUUUACUGUUCUGUAAUGUACUACACACAUUUUGGUAUUCACAGAACACACGACUGUCUGCUUACUCAUUUUUAAAAAUAAAUAUUAUGAAGGAAAACUGA